AUGUCAGAUCUGCUGAAUCAUUAUUUCUAUGCGCUUGAAGGGUUAGGUCUCUCUGAUAGUGACGUCGAUCUUGAAAAACGGAAGAAGAGUGUACUGCAACAAAAUAUUCUGGUUCACUUUGGAGACAAGGUAAAGACUUUUAUCCAUCCAACCAUCGGAGUUGGAAAAAUUGUGUUUAAUUCGACAGUCUCUAUUGAUCAAGCAUUAAAAACCAAGUUUGGGACAUCCAAGAAAAUUCCUGUAAUGAUUAGAGAUGCCGCGUCAAUCCUGCGAAAUAUUAUUAUAAAGCAGCCAAGAAAAGCUCUUCCAAUGAAGUUGUCAUUAAAUGAUAUCCUUGAGGGUGAGGUAGGAAUACCACCGCUUGUGAAAGAGUUUUUCGAGUGCCUCAUCAAUGGGCCAACCAGCCCAACGAAAAUAUGUGAAAGAAAGGAACUAAGAAUAAGAUCUCUUGCAGAAGAUGUGAUUUUCUCUGUUACGAACGGAAGAAGUAGACCAUCUAAGCAUUUGCUUCUAUCGUUGGUCAUGAAGUCUGUUACGGGCAGCAGGAAGGUCAUCGAAGUGCUCAAUAAACUUGGACACUGUGUCAGCUAUCCCCCUUCUUUUGCUUUUAAAGGAAAAGUUCGGCCUUUUACGCUCCUUGAAAAAACCCUAGCGCUCAAAAUGCGUUUGCGAAACUUGGAUCUGUGGAAAUGUUACCUGACAGUAUUAUAG